AUGGAUAUAUUAACAAGUCAAAGUAGCGGUGCAACAUCAACAGCCGCUAGCGAUCCAACAGAUUUUUGUGUUGUAUGUGGUGAUAAAGCUAUCGGGAAACAUUAUGGUGCAGUUGCUUGCAACGGAUGUAAAGGAUUCUUUCGUAGAAGCGUUUGGCAAAAUCUGCAGUACACAUGUCGAUUUAGCAAGCAAUGUAAUAUUGAUAAAGAUCAUCGAAAUGCAUGCCGAUAUUGUCGUUUCCAGAAAUGUUUAGCGGAUGGAAUGAAACCGGAAGCAAUUCAAAAUGAACGAGAUCGUAUCGGUAGCACAAAACGAAAUCGUAAAAGAAGUUUACCAGCUCAUCUACAACCAACAUCAACAAGCGGUGAUGGUAACAGUGAUUCGGAUGAUUCACCAUCAUCAGCACGUAAUGAGCGACGCUAUAGUGAGGAUGAAGCAACGACAGCAGCAUCACGUCGUCUUGUAGAAAUGAUUGUGGAUAUUGAAAGUAGACUUCAAGGAAAUCAGAAUAUCAAUAAUAUUCUUGGCGGUGAAGGACAAGAGAAUAAUUCACGACAACGAAGUAUAUCACUAAUGAUCGGUUGGGCUAAUCUAUUACAUCCAAUUCCUGAGCUACCAUUCACCGAUAAGGUAUUAUUACUAAAACAUUGCUCACAAGCAUUUUCGCUUCUACAUACCGUUCAACGUUCACUCUCUUCUACUCAUAUUGUACUACCUAAUGAUACACUCUUGACCCUUACACCAUUUCAUUAUCCCGAUCUCGUUGCUAUUGUAAGUCGUAUCAUGGAUGAACUUUUAACUCCGCUUCGUCGUAUAAAUGUUGAGAAGGCAGAAGUUUCGGCAUUAAAAGCUUUGGUAUUGCUACAUCCGGAUAUAACAGGAUUAACUAUUACUUCACGUGAGAAGUUACGUGAAGCACGUGAUGGUGUUUUACGUGCCUUAUUCACAUAUAUUAAGCAAAUUUUAUCACCUGGUGAUACUUCGGUACGACUUAGCAAUUUACUUCUCAUUAUACCAUCAUUAUUUUCUGUUGCACAAACAAUUGCGCAGAACAAUCAACUUGGUGUGAUUUUUGGAUUAACGGAUCAAACUUAUCCAUCAAAUAAACACAUCACAAUGAUAAACGAUUGUAUUGAUGAAUCUCAGGAUGUAAAGGAAGAUUUGAAUAAUUUAUCAAAGGAUACCAACAAUGUUUUAUUCCACGCCAAAACGCCAACCUUACUUACCAAUUUAAUAGCAAAUCAAGCAAUUACCACUCAUGAUCAUUUACAGACCACAACAACAACGCUAAGAAAUCCAGUCGCUCUACCGAUAAGUUCAUUUUAUUUAACUAAUUUUGACGAUAGCUAG